AUGCUCGCCAACGCGUGGACUUUUACGCCCGAGGACGCUCUCGCGCACUACGGCACAAACCCAGAGACCGGUCUCACUGAAGAACAGGUCAAGAGAAAUAGAGAGGCGUACGGAGAGAAUGUCCUUCCGGAAUCAGCCCCCACGAGUCUUUUCAAGCUGAUCCUCGCACAAUUCCAAGAUCAGCUUGUUUUGAUCUUGCUGGGUUCUGCUGUCGUGUCUUUCAUCUUGGCGCUCUUUGAGGACGCCGUUGAACCGGGAGGGUCAUGGUUGACUGCCUUUGUGGAACCCGCCGUCAUUCUCCUCAUUCUGAUAGCGAACGCGACAGUUGGAGUUGUCCAGGAAACAAACGCUGAAAAAGCCAUCGAUGCCCUGAAAGAAUACUCCCCUGACGAAGCCCUUGUCCUCCGUGACGGUCGCCCCGCUCGUGUUUCUGCCUCCCAGCUCGUCCCCGGUGAUAUCGUCUCUGUCCACGUCGGUGACCGCAUUCCUGCCGACUGCCGAAUCUUGUCCUUUUCUUCCUCCUCUUUCCGAGUCGACCAGGCCAUGCUCACUGGCGAGUCCAUGUCUGUUGGCAAGAUCGACGGCACCAUCAAGGACGCGGCGGCUGUCAAGCAAGACAUGCUCAACAUUCUCUUCUCUGGUACUACCGUGGUCAACGGCGCUGCCAAGGCUAUCGUUGUUCUUACCGGAAGCGAGACCGCCAUCGGCGCUAUCCACUCCAGUAUCUCCAAGGAUGAUGAAGAGGAAGAGAAGACUCCCUUGAAGAGGAAGCUUGACGACUUUGGAGACCAGCUCGCCAAGGUCAUCUCUGUCAUCUGUAUCCUUGUCUGGCUCGUCAACAUCCGUCACUUUAAUGACCCCAGCCACCACGGUUGGUUGAAGGGCGCCAUCUAUUAUCUCAAGAUCGCUGUCGCUUUGGCCGUCGCUGCCAUCCCUGAAGGUCUCGCUGCAGUCAUCACCGCUUGUCUCGCUUUGGGUACCAAGAAGAUGGCCAAGCGUGGUGCCAUCGUGCGAAACUUGCCCAGUGUCGAGACUCUCGGUUGCACCAAUGUUAUCUGCUCGGACAAGACUGGUACCCUCACCACCAACCAAAUGAGUGUCUCACGCUUUGUCGUUUCUGGCGAAGCUGGCUUGAACGAGUACGUGGUUGAUGGCACUACCUUUGCCCCCCACGGUGUCGUCACUGGCGCCAACGGUAGCACCAUCAGCAAGGAUGUCUUGAUCAGCGCCAACGUGAGGAAGCUCGCCGAGGUCUGUGCCAUCUGCAACGAUGCCAAGGUCACCUAUCACCAUGAGAGCCAGUCUUACAGCAACGUCGGCGAGCCUACCGAGGCCGCCCUCAAGGUCCUCGUCGAGAAGCUCGGCUCCGACAACGAUGCCUUCAACCUCUCCCUCGCCACUCUCGACCCCCUUUCCAGAGCUUCCGCCGUCAACGACUACUACGAGUCCAGCCUCAAGCGUCUUCUCACUUUCGAGUUUACACGAGACCGAAAGUCCAUGUCUGUCCUUGCUUCCUCUCCCGCUGGUACUUCUCUCUUGGUCAAAGGUGCUCCCGAGUCUGUCAUUGAGCGAUGCUCCAAGAUUCUGCUCCCCACUGGUGUCCAGACCCUCACCCCCGAGCUCAAGCAGGAGCUCGCCCAGAAGCAGCUCGACUACGGCUACAAGGGCCUCCGAACCCUCGCCUUGGCCUACGUCGAAGAGUCUGACAAUGACGUCUCGCACUACAAGUCCAACAGCGCCGACGACUACAUCAAGUUUGAGCAGGACAUGACUUUUGUCGGUCUUGUUGGUAUGCUUGACCCUCCCAGGCCCGAGGUGCGCGGCGCUAUCGCUAAGUGCAAGACUGCUGGUAUCAGGACUAUCGUUAUCACUGGUGACAACAAGAACACUGCCGAGACCAUCUGCCGAGAAAUCGGCGUGUUUGGCAAUGACGAGGACCUCACUGGCAAGAGUUACACUGGAAGGGAGCUUGAUGCUUUGAGCCACGAGGAGAAGGUCGCCGCUGUCCAGCGUGCUAGCCUCUUUUCCCGUACCGAGCCCAGCCACAAGUCUCAGCUGGUCGACCUCCUCCAGGGUCUUGGUCUCGUGGUUGCCAUGACUGGUGACGGUGUCAACGAUGCUCCUGCUUUGAAGAAGGCCGACAUUGGUAUCGCCAUGGGUACUGGUACCGACGUUGCCAAGCUUGCUGCCGACAUGGUGCUCGCCAAUGACAACUUUGCUACCAUCGAGAAGGCCGUCGAGGAAGGCCGAGCGAUCUACAACAACACCAAGCAGUUCAUCCGAUACCUCAUUUCCUCCAACAUUGGCGAGGUCGUCUCCAUCUUCUUGACUGUCCUUCUCGGUAUGCCCGAGGCUUUGAUCCCUGUCCAGCUUCUCUGGGUCAACCUCAUUACCGAUGGUCUUCCCGCCACUGCUCUUGGAUUCAACCCUCCUGAUCACCAGAUCAUGAAGACUGCUCCCAGGUCUGGCCGAGAGCCUUUGGUCGGUGGCUGGUUGUUCUUCAGGUACAUGAUUAUUGGUAUCUAUGUCGGUUGCGCCACUGUGUUUGGUUAUGCUUGGUGGUUCAUGUUCUACACUGGCGGUCCCCAGAUCUCUUUCCACGAGCUUACCCACUUCCAUCAGUGCUCCUCCAUCUUCUCCCACCUCGACUGCUCCAUGUUCAACGGCCUCCCCGCCCAGCGUGCCACCACCGUCUCGCUCUCCAUCCUCGUCGUCAUUGAAAUGUUCAACGCUUGCAACUCUCUUUCCGAGAACGAGUCCCUCUUCGUGCUCCCCAUCUGGGCCAACCCCUACCUGGUGGGAAGUAUCGUGCUUUCCAUGGCUUUGCACUUUAUGAUCCUCUACGUGCCCUUCUUCAGGGACAUGUUCAAGAUCACUGCGCUCAACAGGGAGGAAUGGAUUGCAGUCGUUGUGAUCUCUUUCCCUGUCAUCGUGAUUGACGAGGUGUUGAAGUUUAUCUCGAUGAGGCUCGCCAAGAGCGAGCAGCGCGCGUUGAAGGAGAAGAAGGAAUAG